AUCGAUUGGCGCUGACGACGACGGCGGCGACGACGAAUUCGAAUUUGGCAUUUGUUUCCACUCGCAAGUUGCAGUUGCAGUGUGUGCUGUGCUGUGCUGUGCUUUCUGAUUUUACACGGUUCGUCGUCGUUUCUUAUCCCGUGUAGGCAGCCAACCCGUGGUGACAUUUGCUGUUGUCGUUGUCGUUUAUAUACGGCGUACAGACAUCGAAUUGGUUAGACGGUGGCGCUAACUCAAUCUGAUCGAAAGUUAAUUGCAAAUCAAUCUUUUGAUUUGACUUUUAAUCAUUUUCUACAAGCUUUUUUUAAUAAAAAAAUUUAAAAAAUGUCUGAGGCGGAGUACGACAAAGAUCAAUUGAGAAUUCUGCGCAACGCUUUCAAGGCUUUUGAUCUGGAUGGCAGCGGUCAAAUCGAUCAUUCCGAUGUCUCCGCCAUACUGGAGAUUAUGGGCCAAAAGCUAGAACCACCAGCUGUGAAAGCUCUGAUUAAGGAGGUGGAUAAGGGCACAUCCACUAAAUUGAACUUCGCUCAGUUCUGUAAGCUGGCUGCACGUUUCAUCGAGGUCGAGGAGGAUGUGGGCGCCCUGCAGAAUGAACUGAAGGAGGCAUUCCGAGUGUACGACAAGGAGGGCAAGGGCUAUCUGACGGUUGCCACACUCCGAGGCAUUCUCCACGAGCUGGACGACAAAAUAUCAAAUCAGGAUUUGGAUAGCAUUAUUGAGGAAAUCGAUGCUGAUGGCUCAGGAACGGUUGACUUCGAUGAGUUUAUGCAAGUGAUGACAGGUUAAGCUCUGGAGUACAAAAUAUUCAAAAUGACAUUUGAAAAUUGGCUGAAUAAGAUACCACUGUUUUGUGUUUGAACCACAGUUGAAAAAAUUGAGAAAUAUAAUAAUAAUUUGUGAAUUAAUACGUAUACAUAAAAUAUAUUCCGAAAGUGCAAUAAAUAUAAGAAUUAUUAUCAAGAGUUAUUUAAA